AUCACCGGAGCGUCACUUCCGGGCUGAGGGCCGUCUGGCGGGCAGGUGUGGCUGCACGCGCCUCGCCCCCGCCGGUCGUCGGUUUCAGUCAGGGUGGUGUUUUGUUGGCGUGCUGCUCCGGGACAGGCUGCGGCGCUGGAGGCCGGUGGUGGCGGUGCUGCUGGUGACCUGGUGGUGGCGUCCUCCCGCUCUGUCCGCUGUCUUCUUGGGAGUGGGGUCAUUUGACUGAGAGUGUCUGUUUGCAUGGUUUAAGUUCAUUUCUGUUCUCUUGGUGGAUGCCUCUCCUGCAACAGAUCUCGUCCAUCCACGACCCCCCUUAAUGUGUGGCAUUUUAAUUAGUGUUUCCUUUUGAGCAAAAUAUUAUUUAAUUAAUUAAAAAAGAUGUCUUUUUAAGAGUUGAAACCACGUCUCCUCCUUCUUAGGAGCAAACAAACUGUGCCUUUUGUUGGACAAGUAAUUCUCUAGGUGAAAUUUGAAGAAUGUCUUAGCGGUUUUUUUUUUUGGUUUUUUUUGCCACACAAUUAGACUACAUUCUUCUGUUCUCUGGAACCAGUUCCUUCUACACCUUGCCUUCUGGGCUUUGUAAAGCGACUAAAUCUGAUCCAAUGAUUUGCCUACAUUGGUUUACACGUAGCCAGUGUUACGGGCUGCAGGUGAAAGCGGAGUUCUUGUCUCUCUGUCCUUCCCGGUUGGGCUCAAGCCUUCCUGCUAGACAAGUUUUGUCUCAAAGCCUCAUUAAUCCUGAUCUGGCAGCAGGGUGAAAGGUGAUAUAUGCCUCUAAGUAAACGUUCAACACCUCAAUAAAAUCUUACUGUCGGUGUUUGCAUGUCAGUUUUUCAGCUGUCUUCUUCUCGUGAAUUUACGUUACAUUUGAUUCUUUCAGAUCAGGCCUGAUGCUGAUUUCUGCAGGUGAAAAUAGUUUCGCUCUUAUUAGUUUCUGUUUAAAUCUGGGUUCAUAAAUGUGCAUGACUAAGCCGAUACAGAUCAAUAAGUCCGACAGCCACUGGCGCAGAUCAUUCCACAACUGGAAAUGAUUUUAUGCUAAAAACAGGUGCGUGUGGAGGACUUAAUGAGUCGGCAAUGUGUCACAGCAGCUGUCUAUUAUGCCCUUAUUGAAAGAAAUAAUUGAAGGUAAUUUUCUCAAUGACUCAAUAAACUUUAAAUAUGUAAGAAGAACCUGUAAUCAAAUACUAAUUUCCAUUCCCUUCUUUGACAAUGGUUAUUUUCACAGUGACACCGUCAGCCUCAGUCUGAGGUAUUCCUUCAAUGAGGGACACGUAACAGGAGUGAUAAUCAGUCCUGCUGAGAUAGAUCAAUAUCUCUUCAUCUGUCCUGCUGGCGAUCUGUUCUAGAAGUUUCCCAAAGUGCAGGAAGUUCAGAUUGCGUGACGGCGAGGGACCGAUGUCGAUGCUGAUGUCUUCCACGGUCCUGAGGUCCUGCGGACGCACGCUCAGAUCUUUUAAUGGACUCAGACUCAGCAAAACGUGGAAGUUAUGUUAUACAGUGUCACUAACGAAAUGCCGGCCCCUUCAUGUGGACAGCCCACCUCACCAGCCCUCGCUGACCACCAGUUAUGUGAACGGGACGUCCUCCACCCCCUUGCUCCCCCUGACCAUGUCCCAGUGUCUGGACGCCACGGUGCAGCGCUGGCCCGACCGGGAAGCCCUCGUCCUGCAGCAGGACGGCAUCAGGAAAACCUUUGCACAGUUUCAGCGAGAUGUUGACCAGGUAGCUGCAGGUCUUCUGGCUCUGGGACUGGAGAAAGGUGAUCGACUGGGGAUUUGGGGGCCGAAUAUCUAUGAAUGGAUCCUCUUUCAGUUUGCAACAGCCAAGGCUGGAAUCAUUAUGGUGUCGUUGAAUCCAGCCUAUCAGCUGAACGAAGUGGAGUUUACUCUGCAGAAGAUCCAGUGUAAAGCCGUCCUGUGUCCCACGAGCUUUAAAACCCAGAAUUAUUGCGAGAUGCUGAGGGAAAUCUGCCCAGAGAUCAGCACGGCGGCCGGAGGCCUGAUCCAGAGCUCCAGGCUGCCAGACCUGCGGAUGGUGAUCGUGACGGACAGCCGACAGCCGGGGAUGCUCCACAUCGACGACGUGCUGCAGGCGGGAGAGAGUCGGCACGUCAAGGAGCUGCAGGAGCUCCAGAGCAAGCUGACCGCCGGCGACCCCAUCAACAUCCAGUUCACAUCAGGCACCACUGGGAAACCGAAGGGAGCCACUCUCUCUCACCUCAACAUUGUAAAUAAUGCGUAUUUCGUGGGCCUUCGAAUGGGUUUUGACAAGAGGCCGGAGGUGCGAGUGUGUCUGUCUGUGCCGAUGUACCACUGCUUCGGCUCUGUGCUGGGAGGCCUGUGCAUGGCGGUGCACGGCGUCACGCUGGUGUUCCCCUCGCCAGGCUUCGACGGCCGCCGCAGCUUAGAGGCCAUUCAGAACGAAAAGUGCACUGUGGUCUACGGCACUCCCACCAUGUUCACCGACAUGCUGGGCCAACAAGAAGCAAACCGGUAUGAUCUGUCAUCGCUUGAAGCAGGCGUCAUGGCAGGAUCCCCGUGUCCUCCAGCAAUCAUGAGAAAAAUAAAAACAGUUAUGAAAUUUGAAGAAAUGACCAUCGGUUAUGGAACCACUGAAAACAGCCCUGUUACAUUUCUGGGAUUUCCGAACGAUAACGAGGAGCUGAAGGUGAACACUGUGGGGUGCAUCAUGCCUCACACUGAGGCGAAAGUGGUGGACCCCGCCACGGGGGAGACGGUCCCCCUGGGGGCCUCCGGCGAGCUGCUGAUCCGGGGCCCCUGCGUGAUGCUGGGAUACUGGGACGAGCCCCAGAAAACCAGGGACGUCAUCUCCCAGGACCUGUGGUACAGCACCGGGGACACCGCCAGCCUCAACGAUCUGGGAUACUGCCGCAUCGAGGGGCGCAUGAAGGACAUGAUCAUCCGCGGAGGGGAGAACAUCUACCCUGCGGAGAUAGAGGAGUUUCUCUAUAAGCAUCCCAAAGUGCAGGAGGUGCAGGUGGUUGGGGUGAAAGACGAGCGCCUGGGUGAGCAGGUGUGCGCCUGCAUCAGGCUGAAAGACGGCCAAACCUCCAGCACCGAGGAGAUAAGGGCGUUCUGCAAAGGCCAGAUUUCUCAUUUUAAGAUCCCGCAGUACGUGAUGUUUGUAGACAGCUACCCUCUGACUGUUUCGGGAAAGAUCAAGAAGAAUGAAUUAAAGGAAGCAAUGGAGAAGAAAUUAGGUCUUUAAACAUGCAGCCUCUGCUGGACUUUGAUGUGCUUCGCACCAAGACUACAUGACUGCAACUGGAUUUUAUUUUUUUACUCUGGAUUUUAUCACUCCAACGUUUUACUGUAUCUUGAUAUAUUUCAUCUGUCACCUUUUGAAAUAAUUUUAUAGUUUCUGAAGAUUUUCCUGUAGCAAUAAAAUACAUCU